AUGGAGGCCCCCGAUCGUGUCCCCGCCGGGCGCUUCUCUUUGCUUCUCUACGACAGCCGCGCCAGAAUCCUCAGCUGCCGCCAUGGACUCCUGCUCUUCGCCCGCUCAUCGGGAAACCGGUUCCUGGUGUGGGACCCCGUCACCCGCGACCAGCACAGGCUUGUCGCGCCACCGCCGUUCGACAUCUACGCAGCUCAGGUGGACGGGGCGGUGCUCCGGGCUGCUGGAGACGCCCACCACUUCCAGGUGGUAUUGGUAAGCUACCAACAGAAGCAAGUGAUCGCCUGCAUUUACUCCUCGGAGACUGGUGUAUGGAGUGAUCUCAUGCCAACAUCGGUCCAACGCACGGCCGUGGGUUGUCAAGGCAUGCCUGCUGUGUUGGUCGGGGAUUCCCUUUACUUGCUGCUCUCUGACGGUGGUAUAACUGUAAUUCUUGAGGUUGAUUUGAACAGGCAGAGCCUAGCUUUGAUACAGGUGCCACUGUCUAUGCUUGCCUAUGGUCAUCAUAGGGACUAUAUGACACUUGCACGAGCAGAGGGUGGCGGGCUGGGUUUACUCUGGAAGGAAGGCUUCACCGCCCAGUUCUGGAAGAUGAAUGCUGGUUGUGAUGGUGUUUCUUCAUGGGUGUGGGGAAGAACUAUUAAAUUGGACAAGCUACUUUCCCUGAAUUUAGAGGAGAUAAAGCGCAUACAGAGGAUAGCGUAUGCUGAGGAAAAUAAUGUGGCUUUCUUGCGGACAGUUUCCGGUGUCUUCAUGGUCCAGCUUGAGUCAUUGCAGUUCAGUAAACUUCCUGAAAAAAACAACUGUGCUAUCUGCUAUCCAUUAGAAAGUGUCUAUGCUGCAGAAACAAGCAUUGGUGGUGGACAUGGUGGAGCUGAUCAAGAUAUGAUAGUAUUAGUAUGA